CUAGAAGAGCCCGAAGUCCUCUGGUCUUGUGCAUGUGACCACCGUCCAAUCACAGAGAUACAAAUCUCUGACAAUGCGCGUGAAUAUCGAGUACUUCUCCGUUGUUCCAUCCUCGAGAGUGAUCCUGUCUUCGAAUCGGAGGAGCAUAUCCAGCUCGCUCUGGGUCUCGACUGCGAUGCGGAAGGCUGCCUCGCCUGUGGGCAACUUGAUGCGGGACGGGCCUUCUGUGCAGUGAACAGAAGCACACAGGAGGAUAUCCUGCAGUUCGGAUUUCUUUUCCGCGGCGGUGUUGCCGUGGAUGCUAUCCAGGUGGAUCGAUGCCGCGAAAAAUCGGUCUCGGGCACGUUGGACUUCGAUCCACUCCUCCUGAGCCUCUUGCUCCAUGGAUUCAUCCUCCAUGGCUACCGCCUCGGCGACGUCUUCGUGCUGUUUAGCGUUCAUGGCUUUAAGCCCCAUCUUGGGGCUGUAGAUAAUGGCGACGGUCGGUGGCAGUGCAGUUCCUGAAGGACCUCCAGGAUUGGGCAGUGCAGCUGAGGUGGUGGCC